AUGGCAGGCAAGAUCGGAUCGCCUCCGCCGACGCCGCCGGCGUCGCCGGACCCGGCACCCUUCGACAUUUACCCCGUCCAUAUGCUCGACAAUCACAAGAGCGCGCGCAACAUCAUGAUGCAGUGGAUAUUUCGCGUCGAUGCGCAACUCGACGCGGACAAGGUCCGCGCCGCGCUCGCGCUAGUGCUGGAGACGGGAGACUGGUGCAAGCUGGCCGGCCGGCUGCACUACACAAAAGCGGGAACGCUUGAAAUCCGCGUCCCGCACACGUUCACGGACCAGGAACCGCCCUUCACCUACACCCAUCGCGACCGCACGGCUGAGGCCUUUGACGACGACGAGCUGCGGCGCGCACUUCCCUCCGGCCUGCCGCGCAUCUACCCCCAGACCGCCGAGGCCAACGCAGCCAUCUUCACCACCGACACGCCGCGCACGCUGCAGGAGCACAUCAAGCGCGGGCUGCCGCAGCUCGCGCUGGCCGUCACCACGUUCCGCGACGCGACGCUGCUGGAGCUCGCGUGGCCGCACACUGUCAUGGACGCCACCGGCCAGCGGGAGCUGCUCGCCGCGUGGUCGCUGGCGCUCGCCGGGCGCGCGGGGGAGGUGCGCCCCCUCGCCGGGGCGGGCGAGGACGUCGCGCGGCGCGUCGCCGGGGAGGAGUGCGCGGAGGACGGGCCGCCGGACGUGCGGCGCGGCAGGGAGCUGGUUGGCCUCGGCAAGGUCCUCUUCUUCGGAAGGUAUCUCUGGCGCCUGGCGACGAGCGGCCGCGCCGACUGGCGCAUCUUUCACCUGCCGCGGGCGGUGAUUCGCAGAUGGCGCGACGGCGGUGUCGCGGAGCUGCCGAGGGAUCCUGAUACGGGCAGGGCGCCGUUUGUCAGCGACGGCGAUUUGCUUUGCGCGUGGCUGGUGACUCUCGUGGCUGCCGGCCGGAGCCCGCAGACGCGGUACGUGGUGGCCGGGUCGGUCAACUACCGGGGGCGGGUCCCGGCCCUGCGCGACGGCGUGUACGUGCAGAACCUGCUGGGCCUGUACUUUGCCUCGAUCCCCGCCGCGACCGUCGUCUCCGGGUCCGACGACGCCGCCGCCGCCGUCGUCGUCGCUCGAAUCGCGCUUGCGCACCGGCGCGAGGUCGCGCUGCAGACGAGCGAGGCGCAGGUGCUCCACCAGCUCCGGCGACGACGGGCCGACGCCGACGCGGGGCGGGACCAGGGGGCGGUGCCGGUGUACUGCGCACCGGACGAGGUGGUGGUCAUGUGCAACAACCUGUCGGGACUGCGGAUCGGCGCGGCGGCCGACUUUGGUCCCGCGGUGGUGCCAGUACCGGGUGGGACGGGGUCCGGGCGGGUGGUGAGCCACCACUACCUGUCGAGCGACGACGGGAACAGGCCGACGCCGUACUUUGUGUGCCUGGACCAGGACAAGGACGGGUAUUGGAUCCGCGGCAACGCGGCGCCGGAGACGUGGGAGGAGAUAGGCCGGGUGAUUGGCGCGUAA